AUGCAGCCCUUGUCAUUAAAGCUUGAUUUGGCUACACAGAGAAUCACCUUUCUCUUCCCACAUAAAUUGCCGUUUCGACGCCAACCUCCGUGGUUUCCCAUAGAAGCUGGGGGCCCCUCCAGCGCUGUGGAAACAGAUACGUCUGCCCCCCUGAAAACACCAUCUACUACCCCAUUGAAGUCGACAACCCCUGCCGCUUCUGUCGGCCUCGCCGCCGCAAUGCUUCGUCUUCCACUCCUUGUGCUGCAGCACCUUCUUCUGCGGCUGCCAAUAAGACCGGUUGAUGCCGUCGAUGUUGAGGAUCGUGUCGUCGAGAGUCAAGUUGCAGGAUUGAUCCUGGAUUGUGCUGGGGAAGUGUCUGGGAAAUUGUUUACUGGUGGCUAUUGA